GGUCAUUCGCCAUCUCCUGAUGGGAUGGUGAUAUAAAAGAGCUUCGGCGAUGUGCAUCAGCAUCAGUUCGUUAUCAACCAUUGACAACCCCAGUACUGAGAUACAAUAAUAAGUUGAUCAAGAUGUUUGUUAAGGUGUUUGUCUUGAUGGGUUUGUUUGCCGUGGGUCAUUGUGGAGUGUUUGAGUUGACUCCUCCUGCACCUGCAGGAUACGCUGCUCUUGGUUUCCCAACCUUUCAAUUUGGACAGAAUGUUGCUCCAGGACAAGUUACGGGAGCUUAUUUGACUUUGCCACAACAACAACAACAACAACAGAAACCUAUCCAAGGAGGACAACAACAGCAAUCUCAACAACAGCAACCUCAACAACCUUCAAGUCCUCAAAAUCAAUUAGGACCUCAAUUGCCUACUCAACAACCUCAACAACCUCAACAACAACCUCAACAACCUAAUGUCCCCCAGGUCCACCCACAACAACCCCCUACACCUUUACCUCAACGCCCUCCUCAACAACCCACUUAUCCAGUUUCUGUUCCAGUUCCCGUGAUCCAAACCCCACAAUACUUUGAACAACCUUCCUACCGUCCCAUCUAUCGCCCAGUCUAUCAACCUGCUCCCGUUUAUUCUCCGGUACCCAUCGCACAACCAAUUGCUGUUCCACAACCCAUUCCUGUAGCUACACCUGUAGCAACACCAGUAGCAGUUGCUCCAGUUCCGGUCUACGCUAACGCACACCCCCACUACCAAUUCCACUACGGCGUCAGCGAUCCACUCACCGGUGACAACAAGUCCCAAGAAGAAUCUCGUGAUGGUGAUGUAGUCAAAGGCCAAUACACUCUUCUCCAACCUGAUGGCAUCACCCGCAUUGUGUACUACACCGCUGAUAAUACUGGUUUCCACGCGCAGGUUACCUAUUCCGGACCAGGUGUUCAUCCACAACCUCAGAAACCCGUUGCUGUAGCUGUUGCUCCUGUUACUGUAGUGAAACCCAUUCAACCAGUGCCUGCUUUUACUCCCGGAUAUCCACCGAAGGUUAUUGGACCGAUUUAUCAUUAAAUUGGACCAUUCCGCCAUUUUUAUCAUGUGUCAUAUUUAAACAUUUAACGCCAGCAGUAUUUCUAAUUUUAAUCAGUGUAUAAUGAUAAUAUUGUAAUAAUGUAAUGAUUUAGAUUCAUCAAAUAAUAAAGCCAUAAUGUUUAAAA